AUGGGAGAACUGACAGUCUUUCUCAGACUUCAAAUCAAACAGUCUCCUAAAAGAAUUUUCAUUAGCCAAUCCAAGUACACUAAGGAGCUUAUCAAAAAGUUUGGAAUGGAAAAUGCAAAGUCAAUCGGCACUCCAAUGAGUCCAACAACAAUACUCGAUGAAGACAACAAUAGAAAAAAGGUUGAUGAAACCAUGUAUAGAGGGAUGAUUGGAUCCCUAUUAUAUCGCACUGCUAGUCGACCAGAUAUUAUGUUCAGUGUUUGUAAGUGUGCAAGAUUUCAGUCGGCUCCUAAGGAAUCUCAUCUCACCGCAGUUAAACGAAUCAUUAGAUAUCUGAUUGGAUUUUCAGAUACAGAUUUUGCAAGUGACAAGAUUGAUAGAAAAAACACUAGUGGCAUGUGUCAACUCUUGGGAAAUGCAUUGGUAUCUUGGCAUAGCAAGAAACAAAAUUGUAUUGCCCUAUCAACGACUGAAGCAGAGUAUUUAGCAGUCGGAAGCUGUUGUACACAAGUUCUCUGUAUUAUGCAUCAACUUCUCGACUAUGAUUUAUCUCUUACUUCUACUCCUAUAUUUUAUGAUAAUACUAGUGUUGUUUGCUUAUGA